ACCUAUUGAUGGUGGUAUGCCGGGUUCUGGUAGUAUGCUUAGUUCUAAUCCUAGGUCUUCCAUAAGUUUAGGUGAGUUGACCUAUCUUCGUCGUCAUUAUGAGAUCCCUGAUACCAUCAGUCUGCAUGCUCCUGCUAAGGCGGAGCGGCCUGACUGGCACUUACCUGGUUGGGUGUGUCUGUAUGAACUUCCCUUCAAAGAAGGGCUUCGGUUUCCCAUCCCCCGAUUAGUCGUUGAGUUGUGUGAGUACCACGAGAUUUCGCCCGGACAACUAAUGCCAAAUUCAUGGCGGAUUUUGAUGUCUCUCGAAGUCCUUUGUGAAAGGCACAAGAUAACACUUGGGGUGGCUGACUUGUUGAGAGCUUACUACUUGAAGGCACACCUUAAUGACAAAGGUAGGUACCAGUUAACAACUAGGGGGAAGGACCCUCCUUUAAUUAUUAGUUUGAAGAGUGGAGAUAAGAGGUGGAAGGACCGUUACUUCUUCGUCCCUUUCGUCUCGUUGGGGUUACCUGCUGAUAGUAGGAUACCUUGUUCAUGGUCUCCUGCAUGUAGGCUUCGAGUUGAGUACCUUUGGGAUUCGAGGGAGUCUUCUGGUCGACUUAAGAGUAUUCUUGCUAUUCCUGAGGCGGAGCGUGAGUGGAGUGAUUUGUUGUCUGAAUCGAGUCUUCGUCAGAGUUCUUUGUGGCGCUCUGUUGAAAAACUCCCUGAAGGUAUUCCUCUUCUACAGAGUCCUGAUAAUCCUCGUGUUGUGUUUAUCAAGAGAAGUUUAGAAGUCUUGGGAUAUACUCCCAAUUUUUUGACUGAAUUGACGACAAGUGAGCGGUUGUUUGCAGACGUAGCUAUGUCCCGACCCUUUACACUUCCUCUAACCGGUUCCAAUGCCUUGGAACGUUUGCGUCAAGCAAAGAAAUCGUCCGUUGGGAGCUCAGAAGCUGACAGAGAGGUUGUCGUGCCUCCGGCUGAUCCCCCUGUUUUGACGCGGAGUCAGACGAAAAAAAAGAAGAAGGCUGUGCAGGAUGAUUCUUCCGACCCAUUUAGCGACACCGUUGCCCUUUCGUUCCCUUCCAAUGCUGCGGCCUAUAGUGAGAUUGGGCCUCACUUAGGAGAGAUUGAUAAGUUGUUGUGGCCCGAAGAUGAUCACAAAAUGGAGCAGGUUGGUACGGAUGGGUCAAUUGAUACCACUGUUUCUCAUUUGUUCCAGGGUUUGCAAGGGGUCAUUUGGCUGAAGAAGAAAAUCAAGUCCUUAAUGGCAACUCUAAAGGAAGUAAGGAGUCAGAGAAAUGAUCUUCGGGGUGAAGUUAGUCGGCUGAAAGAUUCCAAGAAGGAGUCUGAUCAACUCAUAGCUGAUUUGAAGGCUCAACUAGAAUCCAAGGAAGCUGAUGUCGAGAAGCUGAGAGUGACUCUUGGUCAAGUUGAUGAUUUGAAAGCCGAGGUUGCUUCGUUGGAGAAUCGGAUGUUGGUCAUUGGGCUGGAGGCUGAGAUCCAAUGCCGUGGCGUAAUGGCUAGUGAGUUUCGGGAUGGUAAGGCUGAUAGCUGGGAUGUUCCCAAAUACAUUGCUGAUCUUGAGGAAUUGGAGAAGAUGAGGGCUGAAGAGAUAACCCGGGCCGAAGAGUUAGCCACUUCUUUUGGCAUCAUGACUACUAAUGAUCUGGUUGUGGAUGACUGAUUCCUCUUCUACUCGUGUUCAUUGUCGUGGGAUAACAGAGUUUGUCGGGCCUUUUCUAGUUGUUGUAUGAACUUUUUCUUAUGUAGUAUUGUAUCCUGAUCUAACUGACCUAGUUUUGUUGUAUUAUGGCUUGUUGUAGCU